AUGUCUUUUCGACAAACAUGCCCAUCAUGUAUGGAGCUACAAAGCAGUCUUGACGAUUUCCAUGAUAAACUCAGCACGCAGUCAUACGACCUUCAAAAAGCCCAGUCUACCAUUGCAAAGCUCAUAAGUGAAAAAGUGUCAUUAGAAAAUAAGCUUUCUUUAUCCAAAGCUUCUCUAGAAACCCAUGAUGAAGAACAAACAAUUCUUCUUCAAACCAAAGUAGAUAACCUUAUAGCUGAUCUAAUAGAGAGAGACAACACUUUAAGCACUGCUAAACAAAUAAUCAAAAAACUCAAUCAUGAAUCCGAAGAAUAUGCAAGAACUAUUAGUGAACUAAACUCUCAGGUAGCUGAAGCAAAAACAAAGUCCAAACAAUUUGAAGCACUUUAUUUGGAAAAUGUUAAAGGAUUCCAAGAAAUUGAAGUUUUAAAGAAAACUGAGCAGAGAAUCAAAGCAGAAAAUUUCAAAUUAAAAGAGCAGAUUGAUGUGAUGAAAGAAGAAAGUGCAAAAGACAUCGCGGAUUUGGAAAAUAUGAUAAAGCAUUUAAUUACUGAAAAAGGAACAUUAGAAGAGCUUAUAGGGGAACUUGAAAUAAAAUUAGGAGAAAUUGAUAAGGCUAACGGCCAAAGGGAAAAUUUGUAUCAAGAUACUCAAAAUAGGAUAAAAGAGCUGGAAGAAGAGAUUGAAAGAAAAAAUUUUGAAAUCAAGCAGCAAGCAGAAGACUGGAAAACACAAAAAGAACAAACAGAAAUAGAAGUUAAUCAUAUGAGAAGGGCUGCUGAAAACAUGAUUCGGCAGUUAAGAAGCAUGGUUGGAGCUGAUGUAAAAAUUCCUGAACUUGGUGAAAAAAUCAAUCAAAAAAUCGUUUUUUCUAAAAAUUCAGGCAAAAAAGACCCACAAGUUCAGAAUCAAAAUAGUCAGGCUCAUACUGAUAUCUACAAGAUGAAUUCAGAAGAAAUGAAUGGGCGUUCAUUGGAACGAGAAAUGAAGCUAUUAAAAUUUCUUUCAAAACUAGUUAAAUCUGAAGGGAAACAUUUUGCCAAUGAAUUUGAAAAUUUAGAAAAAAAGCUAUCAUUAAGCAGAGCAGAAACUGAAAAGUGAAUUAUGAGGAACGAAGAAUUAGAAAUAAUCCUCAACUCACACUUAGAAACCGAAGUGAAAUUAUUUGAUAUCAUUUCUAAACUCAAAAAAACUAUCAUUGUUAAAAACCAGCAUUUGGGACAAAUUGAGCAAUCUUUCGCAGACUUAUUAGGGAUUUUGCAUAUGACGAUAGAAAAUUUCGAAGCUCUCAGGCUAAAUACUAAAAUUGAAUCAAAUAAUUUAUCACAAACAAGUGAAAACCUUGAAAGUGCAAUAGAUGAUUGAGCCGUCUUAGUCGGCAACAUUACGCGGAGGCACACCCUGGUACAACAAAGCAGAUCGGUCCAGCGGUCUGUGGGCCGGGUAUGACGAAACAGCAGCGGGAAGCUCUGGGUUUGGGCAAUCCCGUAAAGGACGUUAAAUUUAUAAAUCUUAAUUAGUGCAAUAGCUGAUUGAAAGUCUCAAAUAGAUAUGUUUAAAACAAAAAUAGAGGACGCUAUGGUUCAAAAUGAAAAAUUAUUUAAUGACAAUUCUGCAUGAAACAAGGUCGUUGUCAAGAAAAACCAAGAAUUGCUCACUCCCCCCCCCUCCGUGAGUGAACACAAAAAAAUUUUGUUCACGGAGGGGGGGUUAAUUUUUUUUUUUUAAAAAAAUUUAUAUAUAAAUUUUCUAAAAAAUAUUUUUUUUUUCGAAAUUCAAAAAAAUCCUAAUUCGAAAAAAUUGGAAAGAAAUAUAAAUUUAAUUUAUAAAAUUUAUGUUUUAAAAAGCAAUUUGUUUAAAAUUAAACAGAGAAUUAGCUCUAGAUUUCAUUAUACUAAUUAGCAUUUAUAUAUCAAAAUUUUUUUCCAUAAAAAUUUUUUUCUAUUAAAAAAAUUUUUGUUCACUCACGGAGGGUUUUUUGGGCAAAAAAUAGCGAUUUUUCUAAUGGUUUUGUUCACUCACGGAGGGGGGGGAGUCAGCAUUAAUGAUGAAUUGGAAAGCUUUCAAAAAAUCAGCAAAAAGCUAGAAGAAGAGCUGGAUACCACAAAUAAUGAAAUAGCAAAUUUACAAAAAUAUAAUAAGCAGCUAGAAGAAGAGUUAGAGAAGUUUAAUAAACAAGAAGCUAAAUUAAUAAGCAGCUUUGGUGCCGAUUCAGUUGAAAAAGCUAUUGAGAUUUUUAUGAAUAUUCAAGAAAACUGCAAAGAUGCAUUAAAUCAGUUGGCACAUAAUGAGGCUGAAAAGAAAGAAUUUAUAGGAAGAGUUUCAAAACUUCAAUCAGAAAUAGAAAAUUUAAAUGAAUUGGUAAGAAAUAAAGAAAAAAGUAUUUUGGAAAUCAAAAUAGCUUCAAAAAAUGCAGAAAAUGAUUUUUUGUGCAGAUUUAAUGAAAUCGAAGCCUUGAUAAACAGAAAAGAAGAAAUAGAAAAGGAUUUGAAAGAGGAAAAUCAAAGAAUAAAAAAAGAACUGGAAAUAUACAGUGAAAUACAUAGUAAAGAAAUGGAAGAGAUAACAAUGAAAAAGGAAGCAGAAAUAAAAAAACUAUGAAAAGAACUUGAAGAAGCUAAAAUUGCUCAGACCAAGACGCUUAAUGAUAAAUCAGAAAUAGAUGAUUUAAAGUCUCAAAUAGAAGAACUAAAGCUAAAAAUCAAAGAAAGAGAAAAAUAUAUUGAAUUAUUGCAAAAAACUCAACAGCAAAUCGACCAAAAAAUCCUUUCCCCUCACAAUAAUGUCUCAAAAACUAUAAAAUUUGAAGAAAAUACAAGAGACGAAAACAGUUUUAUAAAUGGUUUAUUAAGAUCGAUAAAAGAAAAAAAUGAUCAAAUUUUGGAUCUUGAAAGAGAGCUUAGAAGAUCAGAAAGCCAAAAUAAUUUAAAAUCCCAAGUAUUAGACCUUGAAACUAUAGAAUUUUUCCAUAGAUGGCGCUGUUUGCCCUUGAUUUGCCCAUGAGGAAAUUUUUUUUGGUUCGACCAGUACCAUAUGGUUUGGUCAAACCAAAAAUUUUCCUAGUGGGCAAAUCAAGGGCAAACAGCGCCAUCUAUGGAAAAUUCUAUAUCAUUGAGCUUCUUUCCAAAAAAAUGCUAGACAUGCUAGGCAAGAGAAUCCAAUUGCCAAGAAUUGAGUCUUUAAAUCCAAAUGUAAAAAAAUGAAUAACUCCAUUGUUUCAUCACUUGGAAGAAAUAAGAAAUCUAGGAAAUUUUUAUAACGUCGAAAAAGGAUAUAGUGAAUUGGUUGAUGUUCUUAAAGAGCUUCACCCUGCAAUUUCUUGGGAAUCUGUUAAUUCUGCUCUUAGAAGAGAGGAGGGAAUAGAAAUCCUUAUAAGGUUACUUGUAGACACUCUAAAAUCCAAUGCAAAACAUAUCAAAGAUGCUAGAGGUUCAUGCAAAGAAAUCAUCUGUGACACCAUUUCUCAUAUAGAAGAAACAGAAAAAAAUACCAACCAAAUUUCUAAUACAGGUGAUGAAAUUCUCAGCACAUUAUCAAAUAUAGACAGUGAAGUUUUACAGCGAGAAAUGGUUGACAAGGUGGUAAAAAUGCUUCAAAGACUUAUAAAGCGGCUUCUUGAAGGCUUCAAAUUUGAGCGGGAAAAGCUGCUUCAAGCCUUAUCAUAUGUAAAAUAA